AUGAAAAGUCCGGCAGAGAGUGUCGAUAUGCCUCUGAUGGGUGAACUUCAAAUAUACGAUUCCCGACUUGCCAACUUGCCUUUCCACAUUUGCUUUGUCAACGGACAACGGACAACGGACAAUGGACAAUGGACAAUAGACAAUGAACAAUGGACAAUGGACUCUGCUGUCUACCACCUUCCCCCAGAGCCGACAUCUCAAGACACGCAUAUCAGCUUUGGCCUCGAUAAACUGCCGAUUCAGAUGCCGCAGCCAGGGGGUCGAGUCCAUAACAACGGUUACAGGUACUGGGACUGUAUCUAUGCUAGGACCAAGACUUUCCAGGACUGA